AUGCCCCAACUCCCCACUCUAGACGAAUCCUCCCUUCCGUCCAUCUUCCAAGCCGAAUGGCGUUCAAAUCCUGACCCAACGGCUCUCCCCUUCCCGCGCUCUAACCCCCCAUUCGCCCUCACCGCAAUAGACUGGCAUCAACUCUCGCUCUCGGACUCGGAUUUCACACCGCAUACCUGGCCAAACCUCCAGUAUCUAAUUUCCACCAACCGCCUCGAAGAGCUCAAACGCUGGCCCAGCUCCCUCAAAGCGUAUCUAGCGUGGACUGCGCACGUUAAGCAGAAGUACGGGAGCGUGAUGACAUAUCUACUGCACCAGCGCUUGUACUGGGAACCCUUAGCAGAAGAUGAGAGUGGGGGAACGGGUGCAUUGCGCUUUGCGGUGAGAAAUGACACUCCGUUUGCGGAUCCGGACGACUACAAGAUUCUAAGGAAUGAUUGGACGUAUGCGCUGGAGGGGAUUUCGCAUAUUGUGGUGUGGCUGAAGCAGCGGCUGCCGGUUGAUGAGAAAGGUGCGUUGAAUGAGGAGGGAAAGGCAUUGGUGGAUGCAUUUGUGAAGAGAGAGUUUAGGGAGAAGGGCCGGGAGGGGGAGGUGGGGAGUAGGGUUAUUUGGUUCAAGAAUACUACUGAUUUGCAGAGUGUGAGGAGUUUGGAGCAUGUGCAUGUUUUGGUCAGGGGGGUGGAUGAGGGGGUGCUGGAGGGGUGGUUGGUUUAG